AUGUCUGGCUUUGAUAGUAGAACGAUUAGUUUGACAGUUAAUGAGUAUGUUAUCCUUCCACCACAACAAGCGGCAAGUUUUCCCUGUUCUGUUGCCAGCCUGAGGCGUUUCCUUAGCUCUUUAAUGCCCUGGUGGAGUCCUAUUACUAGGUUACCACCAUAGCAACUCAUUGUUUGGAGCGGGCACACUCUUAGCAAACUGUCUCAUCAAACUCUCAUAUCCUAUCUAUCACAACCUACAUUGUUUAUGCCACAUAUAGACACAGGUAUUGCUACCCUGGCAAUAAUACUUACGAGAUAAAGAUAUUUAAACUUGAAUUUUAUAAUUAAUAAUAUUUGA